AUGGUUGAUAGACGUACAGACUCAGAAGACGGUUCUCGCGCCAAACGCCAGAAGAUGGAUAAGUCUGGGACUGACCCCCGGGAUAAUCCCUAUCUGGCACAUAUGUACGCUGAUACGUCCUCUAACGGCAACUCAAGCUCACAGGCUGAUAACAAGAAUUCAGCCUUUGCGAAGUUGCAGCGACACAAGACGACCGCUGCGCAGGCGCAAAAGGUUGAAGACCACGAGAUCAACCCGUUCACCCAACGGCCAUUCUCGAACAAAUACUUGUCCAUCCUGAAAACUCGCCGUGAUCUUCCGGUUCAUGCCCAGAGAGAUGAAUUCUUGCAGCUCUACCAGCAGUCUCAGAUCCUGGUCUUCGUCGGUGAGACCGGUUCCGGAAAAACCACCCAGAUCCCCCAGUUCGUUCUGCUCGAUGAUCUCCCCCACACCGAACGCAAGAUGGUCGCCUGUACUCAGCCUCGUCGUGUGGCUGCUAUGUCGGUCGCCCAGCGCGUAGCUGCCGAGUUGGAUGUCACACUUGGAGAGGAGGUCGGUUAUAGUAUUCGUUUCGAAGACAUGACCAGCUCCAAGACAGUCCUUAAGUACAUGACGGACGGUAUGCUACUGCGAGAGGCCAUGAACGACCACGAACUUAGCCGCUACAGCACUAUUAUACUUGAUGAAGCUCACGAGAGAACAAUGUCCACCGAUGUUCUUAUGGGUCUUCUCAAGGAAGUGGUGCUGCGCCGACCUGACCUGAAGAUCAUUAUCAUGUCUGCCACUUUGGAUGCCCAGAAGUUCCAACGCUACUUCAACGAUGCCCCUCUGCUUGCCGUUCCUGGUCGUACCCAUCCUGUCGAGAUCUUCUAUACCCCCGAACCCGAACAAGAUUACGUAGAGGCCGCCAUCCGCACUGUUCUACAAAUUCACGCCACCGAGGAUGAUGGUGAUAUUCUCCUAUUCUUGACUGGAGAAGAGGAGAUUGAGGAUGCAGCGCGCAAGAUCUCACUCGAGGGUGAUGAGAUGGUUCGAGAAGCUGAUGCGGGCCCAUUGAAGGUUUACACCCUCUAUGGUAGCUUGCCGCCGCAUAUGCAACAAAAGAUCUUCGAACCCGCCCCAGCUGCACGCCGCCCAGGUGGCCGCCCAGGAAGGAAGGUCAUUGUGUCCACCAACAUCGCCGAAACCUCUCUUACCAUUGAUGGUAUCGUGUACGUGGUUGAUCCCGGUUUCUCGAAACAGAAGAUCUACAACCCCCGCAUUCGUGUUGAGUCCCUAUUAGUCUCUCCGAUCUCCAAGGCUUCCGCACAACAGAGAGCUGGUCGUGCUGGUCGUACCCGCCCCGGUAAAUGCUUUCGGCUUUACACCGAAGGUGCCUUCAAGAAGGAGUUGAUUGAUCAAACAUACCCCGAAAUUCUUCGCUCAAAUUUGUCGUCCACCGUGCUUGAGUUGAAGAAAUUGGGUAUCGAUGACUUGGUGCAUUUUGAUUUGAUGGAUCCUCCGGCGCCCGAGACGCUCAUGAGAGCCCUUGAGGAACUGAACUACCUCGCCUGCCUUGACGAUGACGGCAACUUAACCCCAUUGGGGCGUCUUGCCUCCGAGUUUCCGCUCGACCCGGCCCUCGCGGUCAUGCUCAUCAGCUCGCCAGAGUUCUACUGCUCGAAUGAGAUUCUUUCCAUCACAGCAUUGCUGUCUGUACCGCAGAUCUUCGUUCGGCCAGCAUCCCAACGGAAGCGGGCUGAUGAGAUGAAGAACCUGUUUGCUCACCCCGACGGAGACCAGCUCACCUUACUCAACGCCUAUCACGCCUUUAAGAGUCCUGAGGCCCAGGAGAACCCCAAGCAAUGGUGUCACGACCAUUUCCUUUCCCUGCGAGCCCUGCAGUCGGCCGAUAACGUGCGGAUGCAGCUUCUACGGAUUAUGGAACGUUCGGAACUUGAAAUGAUCUCCACACCCUUCGAGGACAAGAAGUAUUAUGAGAAUAUUCGCCGUGCUUUGUGUGCAGGAUUCUUCAUGCAGGUCGCCAAGAAGGAAAAUCAGGGCAAGAGCAUGUACACGACCAUCAAGGACCACCAGAACGUGCUCCUACAUCCCUCAACCGUCCUCGCCCACGACGCAGAAUGGGUCCUGUACAACGAGUUCGUGCUCACCACAAAGAACUAUAUCAGAACUGUGACGGCUGUCAAACCCGAAUGGCUUAUUGACAUUGCCCCUACAUAUUACGAUGUCUCGUCUUUCCCCAAGGGUGAUAUUCGCUCGUCUCUGCAACGGGCCGCUGAGAGACUCGCACGCAAGGAAAAGAUGCGAGCGGAUAAGAGGCGUUAA